AGUAGUUAUCAGUUUCAUUAUUUAAUAGUAUAAAUGUAAUUGUCUUUAGAAAACAAAAAACAAAAAAAAAAAAAAAAAAAAAAAAAAGGUCAUAAAAUAGAGCUUUUAGCAUUUUUAGUUUUGUUGCAAUUAAAAAUAAAAAUAAUCAUAUUCAAAUACUUGCUGUAACUGUGUCUUCUUUGCUAGAUUGAAGAUGGCUACACAAAGAAAGUACUUGUAUAGAGUUUUGCGAGAUGAUGAAAAUUACAGGGAAGGCAUUGAGGCUGAAGAUCCUGAUGCAGAUAAAACUGUAGAAAACCAUGUCGAGUAUGGCAGCUAUAGAACAUCACAAUUUAUUUCUACAUGUGCUACGUUAGAAGCCGCAAGGACGUUUGCAAGCAAAAGUCGGAAUCCCCCUAAGAUCAUCGUCAGAAUAAAUGUUGAAGAGUUGAAGAAAGAAAAUGUAGAGAUUAUAGACCUUACGAUCAAAAGCGUCCUUGAUAAACACAUUAGUGCAAAGCGGACAACUGCAAGGUUCUACGCCACAAAAGAUAAAGAAAUACUAAUCAAAGGUUCUAUACCGCCGUCGUGUGUGAAGUUUGUAGAAUACUUUCCAAAUUAAUAUUUGAUUAAUGAUCAUACCAAGUAAGAUUGCAAAAAAAUCUAUUGUCGAUUUGAUAUUAAGUACUCCUAUAUUUUAUCUUUACGUUCGUGCUUUUUGCACCUAUAAACCCAUUUGGCUGAUCAGCUGUUUUUUUUUUUUUUUGUUGUUUUUUUUUGUUUUGAAAUCUGUAACAUAUCUGACUAUUGCCGCUGUAUCAGCCUAUUUUGUGUUAAACGACAGUCUAGCAUUAUUCUAAAUAUGUUAUUCUCCGCCAAAGAUGGAGAUAUAUUAUUUUAGCGUUGCCUGCCCGGCUGUUCGUCCGUGCGUCCGUGCGUAAGUCCAUCCGUCCGAAAUUGAAAAUGCAUAUUAUAAAUUCAAAAAGUAUUUUGCCUAGAAUCAACACACCUCAUAUAAUUAUUAAUUUGUACAUGGCAAAUCCUCGCAUAUAAUAGUAUCCCCCUUGACCAAGUAAAGCAGAGAUUUCCCGCUUGAUAUGAUAGAAAAAAAAAAGAAAAUGCUUAUAAUGCGUGGACGGAUAGCUCAGUGGUUUGCACGCUGGACUUCCAGUCCUGAGGUCGGGGGUUCGAUUCCCGGCAGCUACUCGGGGAUUUUCAGAAACGCUUUUCAGUGUUUCCCACCCAACUAGAGGUAUACUGGUCAGGAAGCCAGGCAAUCUUUGUGUGUAUCAGUGCUAUACACUGUGCACGUUAAAGAACCAGGCUGUCUAUUCGCAACGAGGUAGGCUAAGUUAGACGGACAAGCCUGUAUCUGAUUUCUGUUCUCUCUGCCGUGGGGGCUUUGUCUCACUCUGUCCCUCUGGUCAGAUCGCUCUGUGUCUGUACUAGUAGAGGAUGAGUUAUGCGCUGCAUUUGAACUAUGUAAAGUGCCUUUGAACGUGAAAAUGAUCAUGAAAAGGGCGCUAUAUAAAUCUGGUAUAAUAAUAAUAACAAUAAUAAUAAUAAUAAUAAUGUUUGACCCUGUAACGCAGAGGUUUACAACUUGAAUUCGUAAUUUAUAAGGAAUUUGACUUUAUCUUAGUAAACACCAAUGUAGAACUUUAAUCAGAAUCACUUCACUUCAGUAUCCAGAGUAAUUGCUCUUUGAUUGUAUAACAAUACUUAAAGUUCCAGAUAAAAAAUAAUCGUUCGACAGAUCUUCAUGAAAUUUAGCACAAAUACAGAUAACUAUAGGGCGGUGGUAAAUGCGAUCUUUUGUUUUAUCUUCAG